GUCGCUCACAUGACAUGACGGUGGCGUUUCCUACUGCGGCUACGAGAAACUAAACAAAUCUGACCUACUGCGUUUUUUAGAUGUAGAUUUGGCACAGCGGUAGCUCAAACCGACCGUAUACGUAUGCGCCAUAACAAUAGUUAUCUGAAGAGCCCCUUUGAAGACGCAGAUUGCACAGUCUGGUAUCAUCUGUUUUUGUAUCGUGUGUGUUUUGAUUUACGUUACUUUGGCAAGAAAUAUGAUCCCCAUCAUCCGCAAACAAAACAUGCCCGCCGGGGCAAUUUUUUGCCUGCUGUUAGCUCUAACUAUACAUCAGACUUUGACCACUGAUGUAUCGCCCACUGUGGUCGCCCCUGAAACCAGCUCUCCUCCGGCCUCUCCUGUAACCCCCGGCCCCCCUGAGCGGGGCAGCUACAAUGUCACCAAUGCCAAUGACACUGUCUGUCUCUUGGCACGGAUGGGCCUGCAGCUCAACAUAAGCUUUAUUUCAAGCUCUCAUGGCACGACUGUCCAGGAGGUCUUGAACCUGCAUCCGAACCUGAUUAAAUUCUCUGGAUCCUGCGCGCCAGACUUUGCAACUCUCAAACUGACAGAGGACAACAUUACUUUGACUUUCAGCUUCUCUUUAAAUUCCACAUCAAACAAAUAUCAUCUUAGUGGUUUGGAGCUGUCAGCUGCAUUGCCUGAUAUGGCUAAGCGUUUUGUUGUCGGUAACACCACUCUGAACUACAUGGUGGGAUCACUGGGCCACUCUUACAUGUGUCAGAAGGAGAAAACCUUGAGCGUUACACAGGAUUUCUCUCUUAACACCUUCCAGCUUCAAGUGCAACCUUUCAGCGUCAAUGGAGAUUUUGGAGCAGCUGAGGAGUGUGAGUUAGAUGAGGACGACAUGUUGAUUCCCAUCAUUGUGGGUGUUGCCUUGGCUGUUCUAGUGCUCAUUGUGAUCCUGGCCUACCUUAUUGGCAGGAACAGAAGUCAUGCAGGCUACCAGACCAUCUAAACCCUCCUCAUGUAAUCUUUAAUCCAGGAUGUGUCGACACCACCGAUUUUUGCUCUAAUUUGGACUCAACAACACUACUACAACUGCAGAUACCUUAACCCGAUUUUUAACCUGCCCUGCCCUCUGCUGGUGUCUCACGCUGCCACUGCUCAGGUGGAUUUGAGUUUCCUGGACUUUGAGUUGGAUUAUGUUAAACAUAGUAUAAUUAAUGCACACGUAAGGGUACAGGGCAAAAUCUAAGGUGUCUAGGUCAUGCUAAGGUAUUGUUUCCAGGAACCAGAUUAUGCUUACCUAGAGGAAUCUGUUUUGUUUGUUGUCAUUUAGGCUUAAUCUGGGUCUUGGGAAACAUACAAUCUGUUUGGUACCUUAUAUUGUUAAUUUAAUGUUAUGCAUUUAUUUAUAUAAAUAGGAGGAUUUAGGGAAGCUGAUAAUGUUGUUACUGUUACAUGCUCGGUCUAAAAGGGACUACAAAUUUAACACUACUUUCUAAUCUUGAUCCUGACUACCUUUUGUGAUUUUUAGCUAAAAGUUCACUUUUGGAGUUAAACACUGUAAAAUACUGGUCAGCUUUUGGGAUUCACCAGAUUGGAGGAAAAAAAACACUUAUUGCUGUCAACAAAGCCUUGCAUAAUGGGUUUGAGUCAGAUAUUAAUUUGGUACUACAUUUUAAUGAAUAUUUAAUGAAAUUCCAAAUCUGCUAAGUGAGUCUGUGAACUGAUGUUAAAUUGAAUAUCCACUUUCUAGAGUAGAAUACCCUUCAAUAACACAAACUAGUCCCGUUUUUCUCUCAUACCACAUAUCAAAACUAUAUAGCCUGCUUGCAUCCAUUUAGCAUUGUAUUUGCAUUCAUUCAGAAACGUUAAAAGGGAAAUUCUACUAGAAUGAGGAAAUCUGGUUUUGCACUACUGGAUGGGCAAAGGGUACAUUUGACACUAACACAGCAGGAAGUUCUGAAUAACUUGAAGUAGGUUUAGACUAUUAUAGACCUAGGUAAAUGGUUAACUGUUACAAACUCAAGGAGAGAACUGAGAGAAACAUGCUUUAUCAUAUAGUGGAUAAAUCUCUCCUUUCUGACGCCUUCAUAUGGAAGGACUGCAUAGAUGGAGUUGUUGUGGAUAUUGAAGUGUUGCCUUGAUUGCUAUGAAGUUCAUGUUGUUUUAAGGGAAUGCGAUUCUAAGUUUCUAAAUAAAAUGAAAAAUAAAACACAAGAAAAUGA